AUUUUAAAAGAUAAACAUGUAGAGUAUGACAUCCUGGAUCCAUUACCAAAAUUAGAAUGACUUCUCACAGCGUUUGGAGUGAUUCUGGGGUAGCCUCAGAAAGUAUCGGCAACAUUUACACAACCUUCAAUAGUGCUGGUUCAUUUCCACCUUUGAGACCUAAGAAUCCAUUUCCUCCUAGACCUCAAUCCUUCAUCCCAAGACAUAAGAAGUACAUUGACAGUGCCUAUAUUGAGAGAAACCCUAGGCCUAAAUCGACAGAGUCUACAAGCUAUGCUAAGAUUGUAGCAGGGGUAGCAGUGGCUCUUUUUAUUGCCAUAGGAGGUGCACUAGUAGGAAUGUAUUUUGCAGGCAUUUUUACAGGAAAUCGGAGUGGAGCUUUGCAUUUAAAUGACACCUCAAAUAAACCAACCACAACAGCUCCAAUGAAAACUCAAAUUAAUACCACAAUAAUACCUG